AUGGGGUCAUCGCCUUCUGAACCAAGCUCUGAGUCUAGUGAGAACUCACCAAGGUCAGGCUCAUAUGGCUCUCUAGCGGUGGAAGAAGGGCGAAAGAGUCUCUCCGGUGCAAUGUGGCGAACUACACGAACUAGGCGUGAGAUGAAGCGAGAUUGGCACUCCACAAUCUUCUCCAGCUUGCUCACACGGUCUAGAGCUUGGUUCGCGGCCAUGCCAGUACGGCCAUAUCGAGAAUCAGCGCCGAACGCGCAGUCCGGCUGGCCGAGGAACGAAUGUUCCGCGCUCGGCCAAAACCGUAUCCGUCCGACUGAAGUCUCGGCCAAAGUUCCAACCACUCGGCCGAUCACACAGCACGACCCGGGAAACUUAAGCCCGCGGUCGGCCACGCCACGCCACAACCGCGCACGACCAAAGCGCGCGAGCCGGGAAACGCCUCGCGGCCGCGCAACUCCUCACGUACCGCGAUGCAUCCGUCCGAGCCGGGAAACUAUGCCCGCGUCCGGCCGAGAAACCAUCGGCCAAAUUCUAUCCGCCCGACCACACCGGCCGACCGAUAACAUCCGGCCCGACCGUUCCGACUCGGCCAAAGACCCGACUGUCCGGCCGACCGUCCCAAUCCGCACAAUUCAAGCCCAAAGCCGGCGCCGACCUAGCUAG